AUGACUCCUAUACUAGCUGCCAACCUAGACCGUAUUGGACUAAGCGACCGAAAUGCAAUGUAUGUUAUUUCUGCGGUUUUAACAAGUGCUGGACUAAACUUAGACGAUUUUACCGUUAGCAGACAAACAAUCUCAAGGGCCCGUGCAGAAUAUCGCGAAGAGAUUGCUCAAAAUAUCCAAAGCAAUUUUGAUCUAAAUGGACCACUUGUUGUACAUUGGGAUGAAAAGCUGCUUCAAGAUCUCACAGGUACUGACAAAGUAGAAAGAUUGCCAGUUUUGGUAUCUUCUGGAGCAAAUGUUCAGCUGCUUGGAGUCCCAAAAUUGUCUUCUGGAACUGGUGAAAGACAGGCAAACGAAGUUUGCAAAUUGAUGGAUGCAUGGGAACUAAGCGAUCGCAUCUGUGCAAUGGGAUUUGAUACAACAGCAGCAAAUACAGGAAUCAAAAAAGGCGCUUGUACCCUAAUCGAGAAGUGGAUUGGCAGAGAUCUUUUAUGGCUGGCGUGUAGGCAUCAUAUUGCCGAAGUUUUGAUGACAGCAGCUUGGGAAAAACUAUUUCCUUCAAAAUGCCCUUCUUCAAGUAUUUUUAUAAAAUUUAAAUCGGCAUGGCCUACUAUGGAUCAAUCCUUUGAUGAAAAUAUGGUAGACGAAAACAUUAUUGAGAUCCUUGGUGAUGAAACACAACAUUUGAUUGAAUUUUUGAAAAACCAACUCAAUAUUCAACAGCAACGACAAGACUAUAAAGAGUUGCUAAAUUUAUCUUUAGCAUUUCUUGGUGUGAAAAGAAUUAAAUUUUCGCCACCAGGAGCACAAUGCAAUGCCAGAUGGAUGGCGAAAGCAAUAUUUUGUCUUAAAAUAUGGCUGUUUAGAGGCUAA